AUGGACUCCCAAUACCUUGCUGCCUUGGAGGAGACCCUCCAGCAGACAUUCUCGCCUGCUACUGUCAAGCAAGCAACCACCAAGUUGUCCAAGGAGUUCUACACCAACUCGUUGGCUCUCCCUUCUCUUUUGCACAUCUUGCAAAACGGCUCAUCGGACCAAUUGAAGCAGUUGGCUGCUGUUGAGGCCAGAAAACUCAUAGGUCUGAAGUGGGAAACCGUGGAUGCUUCCAUCAAGCCUCAGAUCAAGGAGGGUUUGUUGAAGAGCACUUUCACCCAGGACUCCAAGUUGAUCAGACACUCUAGUGCUAGAGUGGUUGCUGCUAUUGGAGAGUAUGACUUGCAAGACAACACUUGGCCUGAUCUCUUGCCAACUUUGAUCUCUGCUGUCCAGAGCUCCGACGCCCAGGCCAAGGAAAUGGCCGUUUACACUUUGUACACUUUGUUGGAGACUCAGAUUCCUGCCUUGUUGCCUCAUCUCGAUGACUUUGUCACUCUUUUCGCUGGUUUGUUGCAGGACCAGACUUCUCAGGACAUCAGAGUCAAUGCCGUGUUGUCCUUGGAUGUGCUCUCUCAGUUCAUUGAGGAGGAUGAUGAGAUUGACAUUAACCUUGCCAACAAAUUCAAGGCCUCCAUCCCAGGUAUGGUUUCUGUCUUGAAGGAGGUCAUUCUGGCGGAUGACACCGACAAGGCCAAGUCUGUUUUCAACGUUUUCAACUCGUUGAUCUUCUUGGACAACAAAUUGGUUGGUGACCAGUUGGUUCCUUUGGUUCAAUUCGUUGCCGAGAUUGCUGUUAACUCCAGCAUUGACGAGGAAUACAGAUGUAUGGCUUUGCAGUUCUUGAUCUCUGCUGUUUCUUUGAGAAAAUCCAAGAUCGUUUCCAACAACUUGGGUCCUCUGCUUACUGCCGCUACCCUUAAGAUCGCUUCUGAGGAAAUUGACGUGGACGAUGAGUUGAACAACGAGGACGAGGAGAACGAAAACGAGGAAAACAGCCCUCCAUCUUUGGCCUUGAGAUUGAUGGCCAUGUUGUCUGGUGAGUUGCCUCCAUCGCAGGUGAUUGUUCCAUUCUUCGAGAACUUGAACUCCAUGGUCACCUCCACUGACGUCUAUGCCAGAAGAGCUGGUCUUUUGUGUAUCGGUGUUGCCUCUUCCGGUGCCCCAGAUUUCUUUGCUACCCAGGUUGGAAAGAUUGUUCCAGUUCUCAUCAACGGUUUGCAGGAUCCAGAGGUCAUCGUCAAGGUCGCAGCUGUCAGAUCUCUUGCUCAGUUGUCUUCUGAGUUGCAAGAUGCCAUUGCUGAGUACCACGAGCAACUCUUGCCUCUUAUCAUUGAGAUCAUCAACUCUGCUACCCAUGUCAUGGCUUACAAGCACGCUUGUUAUGCUUUGGACGGUAUUAUCGAGUUCAUGAGCCAUGAAGCAAUUGCUCAGUACCUCGAGCCAUUGAUGACUAAGUUGUUCUCCAUGUUGGAAACUGCUCACUCCUCUUCUUUGAAGUCUGCCAUUGUUUCUGCUAUCGGUUCGACUGCCUUCGCUGGAGGAAAGGGUUUCACCCCAUACUUCAAUCAGUCCAUCCAGGUUUUGGAGCCAUUCGUUGCUAAUGCUGGCCAGACUGAAGGCAUGUCUGAGGAGGAUAUUGAGUUAAGAGCCAUCACAUUUGAGAACAUCUCUACCAUGGCCAGAGCUGUUGGAUCGGAGUCCUUCUCCGUUUACGCCAAGCCUUUGGUCGAAGCUGCCUACGUUGCCUUGAAAUCGGAGCACUCUAGAAUCAGGGAGUCUGGUUUCGCAUUCAUCUCCAACAUGGCUAAGGUGUACGGUUCUGAGUUCGCUGGAUUCUUGGACGAGAUUGUUCCUCAGAUCUUGGAGUGCUUGGAGCAAGAGGAAUUCUCUUUCAACGCUAACCCAGAAGAUGAGGACGAGUUUGACGAAGACGGAGAUGAGGACCUUAGCAACAACUUCAAGAUUAACACUGGUAUUACCAUCGAAAAGGAGAUUGCCUCCGUUGCUUUGGCUGAGUUGGCCACUGGUACUGGUGCUGCCUUUGCUAAGUAUGUCGAACCUUCCAUCAAGACUUUGUCAGAGCAGGUCGAAAUCUCCUACGGUAUGAGAGAGGGUGCUAUGAACGCUCUUUGGAGAAUUGUCCGUGCUAUGUUCAAGGCUACUUACGGUGAAAACUUUGCAGCUCCGAAGGGUGUUCCUCAGCAGUCCUACGUUGAUGCAUCCCUCUUGCAAUUGAUUAAGCAAGUUAGAGACAUCACUGUUGCCAACUUGGAGGAGGAAUUCGAGUUGACUUUGGUUGCUUGUGACUUGGACAACUUCAGCGAAGCCCUCCAGGCUUUCGGUUCUGCUGCUGUUCUUAACGACGCUUCUGACACUGCAUCUUUGGAGAAAUUGUGUGUCCAGUUGAUGAACAUCUUGAAGAAGGAGCACGGUUGUCAGAUCGAUGACGAGGAGCCAGUUGACGAGGGUGAGGAUGCUUCCGAAACCGAGGCUUUGUUGUUCGAGUCUGCUUUGGAGGUUUUGAUCUUAUUGGCUGUGUGCUUGGGUUCUGACUUCGUCAGAAUCUUUCCAUCGUUUAAGGACGUCAUCUUGGCUAAUGUCACUUCUAAGUCCAAGAACAAGAGAGUCAGCGCCAUUGGAGGUUUGGCUGAGAUUUCCGCUGGUUUGAAGGACGCCAACCCAUACAGUCAGGAAUUCUUGCAAAUUUUCAUCGACAGAUUGGCAAACGACAAGUCCUUCGAAGUCAAGGGUAACGCUGCAUAUGGUGUUGGUAUCAUUAUCGAGAACUCUACUGAGGAUGUGUCUGGCCACUACCAGCAGAUCUUGCAGAUGUUGUUCCAUUUGUUGAACAAGUCUGACGAGCAGGCCAAGAUCGACGACGAGGAGACCAAGGAUGUUGUCAACAGAUCCAAUGCAAACGCAUGUGGAUGUGUUGCCAGAAUGGCAUUGAAGAACCCACUGAUCAUUCCAGUUGAGCACGUCUUACCAGCAUUGUUGAGCCACUUGCCAUUGCAAGCUGCUCCAGAGGAGAACACUCCUAUCUUGAGGUGGAUCAUCAACUUGUACGAGUCUGGUAACGAGUUGAUCAUCUCUCAGACCGAAAGAGUUGUGCAAAUUUUUGCUGAGAUCUUCCAGAAGGAGGCUGACAGACUCAAGUUGGUCGAGGAGUCUACUUUGGGUAGAGAGGAGAACAUCGACAAGAUGAAGCAGUUCCAGAACGAGGAAGUUAAGCAGAAGGUUGUCGAGUUGUUGAAGUUCUUGAACCAAAAGUACGCCAACGUGGUCUCUUCUCAUGAGAUCUUGAAGAAAGUCAUUGCAUAA